CCCGACGAUUCCGGUGCAAGAAUGGUGGCGGCGAAUCUGAAGGCGGAGACGAUCUCGCUGAUGGACAUGCGGGCGGCCAUGCAGGCGAGAUGAACGCUAUCAUCGAGUCCCUCUGCGGCCCUGGUGGCCCCGGGCUCUCCGGCAACCUUGUCGACUCCGAGGGGUUUCCUAGGGCAGAUAUCGAGUUCCGGCUGUUCGAUCGCAACGUCAUCGGCUCUCUGGAUCACAAGGGAAUCACAGAAAGUUGCUCGUUGGCGCCAAAGAGUUCAGAUAUGUCAGUUUCUCUGUCUGAAAAUACAUCUCAAGAUUCUUCGACAAUAGAGGAAGCGUUUGGGAAUGUUGAGAAUGGUGAUAACUUGCAAUCAAGGCUCGUGGCCGAAGCGCAGUCCAAUCAGGGCAAUCCAAUACCUUUAGUAAUAGUCAGGCAGGGUGCAUUGAUGAAUAUAACCGUGGCACCUCGACCAUGGCAUGGUCCUGGAAGUUUGGGAUGCCAUUUUCGGAUCCUGUGGUUGUCCUCUUGUGAUGACGAGCUAGUUAUAUUCAUCUGAUACCAAUGGCGCGCCUAACACUCGGGCCAGAUGUUUGUUGGUAUUUUUGUAUUUUCCUUUUGGUAUCGAAAACCUCUAAUACCAUCUUAUAGAACUGCGCCGUCGAUCAGUAUUUCUUGUUGAAUUAUUUCUAUUAGUUUUGAGAAGCUACCAUGUUGCUAAAUCUUGCUACUGUCAUUUAAACACGAAAAUGUAGGUAUUCUGCCCUUCAUUAGAUACACUAUGACAUGAUGGAUCAAUCCGAUCGAAUCUUAUUGGAUCUUAAGCUAUGCCUUGAGGUUGUUAUGCUUGUUUGAUUGAAGCAAAAGAUAAGAAAAGAGCUUGCUUCUGAUCAAAUUUGAUUGAAGCUAUACCGACUCGCGAUCUGAAUUGGAUCGAUGCACUUUUUAUUCAUAAUAGUUGUCUGUGUCUUUGUAAAGAAAAUUACUAAAAGAGCUUGCUGUUCUUCAGGAACAAAUGGAGCUGUGAAAGGGAUGCACGACAGAACAAAUCAACCGCCGGAGGAGCCUCACCGGAGCAAGUAUCUUUCGCUUGCAUCCAAAUCCAACAAAGCAUGAGAUGGAAUCCACCGCACGCAUCAAUCAAGGCGACGGAGGAGGCACACGAGAUCUGCAGCUGCUGUCGGUGCGUAGUUGCCAUCGUCCCCUUGCGAAGUGAUUUGUGGAAGCCAUUCAUCGAAGUACUUACGCCAUAUGGUGUUGCUGACAUUGACAGAUGCAGCAGCAGCAUGCAAUUCCUGCGGUGGGUGCGCGCACAAUUAGAGUCACGGAUGAGAACUGUGUGGACUGACACUUGCAGAGAGAUGAGGAAGAUUACUUACGUUUGGGAAGUCGUAAGGAGGCACUGAUGGCAACGUCAUAUGCUUUGGGAAAAAGGGGAUCUCCACAGGGUUUUGAUAUCUUCCAGCCUAUAGAACAUUGAUUUGCAAGUCAUUCACGUUGUAACGUAGCAAAUAUUUGGAAUCAGAAACGAACAAAAGUUAAGAUCAGUAAAUAUCGUGCUUUAAAUGCACACAUUAACUUCGA